GCUUUGAAAAUGCAUCCCCUCUGACUGGCGGCAGGGGAUGCUUGUGACUUGCACAGAAAUUGCCACCGAGCCAACACUCAUGAACAGAAUAUUGACUUUUUUUGCCCAAAUUGGUAGGUUAGUAGGAAGUUUGCCUGGAAGGAAGUUCUUUUUCUCUCAGUCACAGCAACCUUCCCGCCGAUGGAAGCUUGCUUGGAGAUGUGUACUAGUAGCAAAGAAGACUGAUUGGAUGGUGCCACAGAGAUGCAGUCUUUGUGGGAGGUUGGUAGGAGGUCUCACAUUUGAGCACUUGCUCUCCUGGAUGUUUCAAAGUGGGCAAUGAUCUCUAGUGUUGGAUGUUUGGACCUCAUUUUGACCUGUCUUGGCAGGAUUACACCGGCUGUCUUGACUUCAUCUGUCCUACAGGCUUGGUCUGUUCGCAGCACUGCAGCAAUGUUAGCAUUGGUCAAGUGAGCUAGAUGCAGUUUUCAUUUCCUGUCAUAGCACGUAUCUCGUUUAGCCGAAUGCACGACCACAGGCUUUGGUGUGAGAUGCGAGCGAGGGAAAAUUUGCAACGCUCCAAUCAAUAUCACCGCGGAGUCGGGAUCUUGCGGCAAGAAUGUCACUUUCCUGUCUUGCAGUCUAAUUGGGGGGUUGCAGCAAGAUGGUUCCAGCCCAGCUGGUCUGAUGCAGAUUUGACAUGAAGCUGUCAAUGCAACAGACACGAAGUGUAAAUCAGUUACAGGCCU